AUGGGAGAUCACGCUAUAAACAAAAUACAUCCCGCAGUACCCGUGGGCAGGAGCGUCAAAAGCAAUCUCGUACCACCGUCUCACACGUCAUCAAGUCUCAGCCAUCACCUCCGGCCAUUGCCACCGCCUCCACCUCCGCCACCGCCACCGCCACCACCACCACCACCACCACCAUCGGUGACAAAAACCGAAAGAAGUUUUUCAUGUUGCAAAUGCAUAUGUUGGUCUCUGUGCAUCUUCAUCACUUUGCUCCUAAUUCUUUCAGCCACCAUUGGCAUCAUGUACCUUGUAUUCAAACCCAAAAUACCCAAUUAUUCUGUUAACCGUCUCACAAUCUCCCAACUAUCCCUCAAUCUCGACCUAUCCCUUUAUGCAAGAUUCAACGUCCAGAUCACCGCCACUAACCCAAACGAGAAAAUCGGCAUUUUCUACCAAAAAGGGAGUCGUUUAAGCGUAUGGUACAAGAACACGAACCUGUGCCAAGGUUCACUCCCGAUCUUCUACCAAGGCCACCGCAACAAAACCAUUCUCAAUGUGGCAUUGUCAGGUCAAAACCAGUAUGGGCGGACGUUAAUAGCGGCAUUACAAGAACAACAACAAACAGGCCGAAUUCCGUUAGACCUCAAGGUGGAUGUUCCUGUGAAGAUUCACCUUGGAAAGUUGAAGUUGAAGAAGGUGAGAAUUAAAGGGAAAUGCAUGUUGAUCGUUGAUAAUUUAUCUGCAAAUAACAAGAUCGGCAUCAAAGCAACCAGUUGCAAGUUUAAGUUAGGAUUAUGA